AUCCUCAAACCUCGAUGGACAGCCAAACGUCAGGCAACUGUGGUAGUCUUGACCACAAUAUGGAGUACGAUCAGCACCGAUUACCGCUGGAUUGUUGGAUAAGCAUAUUUUCUUUUCUAAAUGAGGAUGACUUAAUCAGAGUUUCGUGUGUGUGUAAGGAAUGGCAUGAAGCUGGAGAAACUCCAUGGCUCUGGAGAGAAAUGUGCUUGCGCCGAUGGGGUUUCUGCAACCUAGGCCAGCUCCUCGCCGCCUCCGAGAGGUACACCUGGAAAAGGUAUUACCUGCAUCGAGUGAAUCUGGAGCAUCAUAUGAAGUCAGGUAGGCCAGGAGGGGACUACACCUGCAAGAGCCUGAGAGGUCAUAAAGGAAAAGUUGUUGGUUUUUCUUACCUGGUGGGAAACACCACUCUCCAAGACAUUUGGAGAUGCUCUCCAGUUGUCUGCAGUGCAUCUCUGGAUGGCACAGUGAAAGCAUGGGACAUUCACAAGGGUGUCAGUCUGUGGUCCAGCUCAGCUGGGAACCCAGUGACUGCCAUCGUCACAGACCCACAGCAGUGUGUUGUAGUCACUUCUGAUAGCACAGGAGCCAUCAAAUCAUGGCAGGGCCAGUCGGGGGCGGAGCUGGCCACUUUCUCCUCCUCCUCCACUCAGUGCACAUUGCUGCCCUUCUACAAGGACGGAGCCUCUUUCCUCAUGGUGGGAACUGCUCCAGGUUCAUUACUUGUCUUGAGCUCCCCCUUUCUGUCAGAAAUAUCAAGGCAUGUGGUGUGUGACUCAUUUCAAAUAAAUAUUAUCCUCUCAUCCCCUGAUAAGAAAUGGAUACUUGCUACCUCAAAGGAGAACUUUGAUUUUAGUCCAAAGGUUUUCUGGAGUGCGAGCCUGUGCAGCCCUGUUGAAGAAGAGGACACAGUGUUUGUGAGUCUCCCCGUCAGAGGCUGCAUCGCUGCAGUCUUUCUCCCCACUCAGCCGGCACGUGUGGCCGUGAUUCACCAUUGGGGACCGGUCCACCACACGGCUCUCUCAGUCUUCGAUUUAGGCAUGAAGAAGUCCAAGUGCAACAUGGAGGCUGAGGGUCAGCAAGUCGAAUCAUUUCCACUAAAUUUAAAGCAGAGGCAUUCAGACAUCAUUCUUCACGCUAAAGGCAGCAGCACCAUUCUGCUUACUGAUGGCAAUGACCUAAACGUCUACACCCUUAAAGGGGCCCUCAUCGCUAGCUUUAAGGACCACAUACAACCAAUAAUCUCGCUCUGUGUGGACAGUUUCCGCGUGGUCACUGCAUCACGUGACUUGUCUUUAAGAGUGCUGACAUGGAAAAAGGACCAGGAUAAAGCGCUCACCCUCGAGAGCCAAUACCACCUUCUGGGAGGAUCCCACACAGCAUCAAGAGGAUUCACAGGGGUGGCAUGCGAUUAUGCAAGUAUAGUUGCAUCUGUGGAGUCUGUGGAGGGGAAGGAUGUUCUGAAGGCUUACAUUUUUAAUUCUUGAUCUACUUUUGAUUUGAACGAUGAUUCUAAUAUGCGGAGAACAUUUACCACUUGUUUUACUCAGAUUGUUUUAGGACUGUGUGAAUGUUUAUAUGAUUCUGGAGUUUUUAACAUUGCAGAUUUACCUUUUUAUCAUAUUAAAUAUUGCAUUAAUUCUAAUCAAAAUAGUGAUGUUUUAACUUUAACAAACCAACUAUGCUCUCAUGACAAUAUUAUUCUGUAAAAAUAGAUUAUUCUAAAGUUUAUGUAAAAGUUACUUAUUAAGCCUCAUGACUGAUGCAAUUAUUCGUGUAUGCCUUAAGCUUUGUUUUCAUUAUGAGAUAAUUGUAGUAAUGUAGAAAUAAAGAGGCAACGAGUAGACCAUUCAAGCAAGAGGAGAACCUGCCCCUGCCAUGAUCUCUCCACCUCGGCCAUGGUGAUCCCCCUUACGUUCGUUCACUGUGUAACUAAGACUUAAGGGAAUGUUUUUUUAAUAAUAAAUUCUUAAUAAUAAAAAUUACGAAUAUAGCGA